AUGCCUAAUAACGUAAGUUUUUCGCAGCGUCCCCCCAAUAAUUCUAAUUUUUUAGCAAUUUGCCCAAUUCAAACUUACGACAAGCAACCACGAGAUUCAGGGGUCGACCAAAUGCAAUCAAACCUUAGUUCGACCGGCUGGAACGAGAAAAAUGUAAGUUUUUUGCAAAACUUUUUUUGCGAGCUGCGCCCGAUAUAAGAACAAUUGCUUUUUGUUAUACACUGUUGGAUUUUGGGGGCAUAUUGUAGAAGAAAAUGGUAGAAUUCGCUGUAAAAUGACGUAAAAACCGCUAAACACCCUCUCUCUUUUUUGCCGCCGGCUUCGUAAGAUUUUGUUGUGGGGGACUUUUGGACCUUGAUUUAGCCUGACGCGAUAUAAUUUCAUUAUAUUUUCAGAUUAAGACCGGUCUAAAGGGAAGAGAAGCACCCUAGCCCCCCGAAUGAGCCCGGGGGGCCUUUGGAAGAAAUACAGGGUGCCAUCUUCCCCUUGUUUUGGUCAAUUUUCGGCUGAAAUCAGGUAAUUUUUCGUGUUGAAUUUAUAUUUUUCAUUUUACUUUUUGCAGAUCUCGUUCAAACGAACUUGACCUGGGAAGGAGAGAGCACCCUCGCCCCCUGACUGAGCCCGGGGGGCUUCUGGACCAAAAAAGGGUGCUCUCACGAUGUUAGUGGUCGAACCGAAGCACCCCGGCCCCCCACUUCAUCCGGGGGGCCUUCUGGAAAAACAAAAGGGUGCUCGGCAAGACCAAAUAAAGUAAGCUUUUGUUGUGGGGGACUUUUGGACCUUGAUUUAGCCUGACGCGAUAUAAUUUCAUUAUAUUUUCAGAUUAAGACCGGUCUAAAGGGAAGAGAAGCACCCUAGCCCCCGAAUGAGCCCGGGGGGCCUUUGGAAGAAAUACAGGGUGCCAUCUUCCCCUUGUUUUGGUCAAUUUUCGGCUGAAAUCAGGUAAUUUUUCGUGUUGAAUUUAUAUUUUUCAUUUUACUUUUUGCAGAUCUCGUUCAAACGAACUUGACCUGGGAAGGAGAGAGCACCCUCGCCCCCUGACUGAGCCCGGGGGGCUUCUGGACCAAAAAAGGGUGCUCUCACGAUGUUAGUGGUCGAACCGAAGCACCCCGGCCCCCCACUUCAUCCGGGGGGCCUUCUGGAAAAACAAAAGGGUGCUCGGCAAGACCAAAUAAAGUAAGCUUUUGUUGUGGGGGACUUUUGGACCUUGAUUUAGCCUGACGCGAUAUAAUUUCAUUAUAUUUUCAGAUUAAGACCGGUCUAAAGGGAAGAGAAGCACCCUAG